AUGUGUGCCAACAGCCUCAACCUCGAUCCAACUCCCCUCUCCAGCCUCCGAAUCUCCAAACACCAAAUCCCAGCCCACGACCUCAUCCCCAACUCAUCUCUCCAGUCAAAGCCCCUCAUCAUCUACCACUCCGCCUUCUCCCCUGCACAGGCCUCGCCAGACCAGAUCGAAUCCCAUCUCCUCAAAAUCGGCGUCGUCACCCCUCAAUGGCGCUACACCAUGUAUAACACCACGCACUUCCACAGUACGACUCACGAGGUCCUAUGCGUCACAGCCGGUCGUGCCAAGCUGUGCUUUGGAGGCGAAUGCAAUCCCGGGCGCGUCGAGCCCGUCGUCAAGAAAGGAGACGUCAUCAUCGUUCCAGCUGGCGUCAGCCAUCGUCUGCUGGAAGACAAGGACAGCGAUCCGUUCCUCAUGGUCGGAAGCUAUCCCAAUGGCAACAACUGGGACAUGUGCUACGGUAAGCAUGGCGAAGAAUCAAUGAUCAACAGCAUCAAGGAUUUGCCAUGGUUUAGCAAAGACCCCAUCUACGGCGACGAGGGUCCUGUACUGGACGCAUGA